AUGGCGAAGUACAGCAGCCCCAGCAGCUAUGUGCUCAACAUUAGGAUCAGUGAAGCAUUGAAUGUACCUCGAUCCCUUUGGGUCCUUAUGGUGUUUAUUUUGGCCUUGGUGCCAAAAGCUGAAAGCAUCACCGUUGCAGAAAAACAAGCGAUCAAGAAAGGCUUGCAAACUGGGAAAGAGAUUUGGGGUUUAAUAGCAGACCACAAUAUCAUGAAACAUUAACAAAAGUUGCGACAGAGAUGAAAGGGUUUCUUGGCGCUUUGGGUCCAUUCAUUGGCCUUGUUAUGACAUUCGUGCCAUCUGCAGAGUUGGAAUUUAUGAAAAAUAUGAUGAAAGAAAUUGACAACCACUUCGACCGAGUAGAUUCCCGCUUUGAUGAUGUUGAACGAUUAAUCAAGUGGACUGAAACAGCGAUUCAAUUUGGGGAAAUAGAAACAGCACUCGGUGCAUUGGAGGAAGAAUAUCGUCUUUUUUAUAAAAGUACUGCGUCAUCAGGAAACAGGAAAGAGUUAUUUAUAAAGAGCUACGACAGCAACUAUAUAAGUUGCAGGCACAAAAUUGUACCAGGCAAUAGUUAACCCAGGAGGUACAUUUAAUGAGAAUCUUGGACAGGCCGUUUAAAUGAGGUACACAAAAAAUGAUCGCAAGAAGACAGA